ACAAAGCUACUUUCAAACUGUACUUAGUUUACUUUUGUAAAUGGUUUGUAAUUAGAAGAAUAUAAAAAUUAAUUUAUAUUAAGAUUGAUGAAACAUAACCCACUUUAGAAAGUCUGAAGAUAAAAUAAUUUUAAAAAAUAUGGCAGAUGUUCUUGAUAUAGAUAAUGCAGAAGAUUUUGAAGUAGAUGAUGAUGGAGAUCAAGGUAUAGUCCGCCUAAAAGAAAAAGCAAAAAAACGUAAAGGAAGAGGUUUCGGAAGUGAAAGUAUUGCAAGGGAACCCAUUCACGAUUAUGAUAGAGUAAGAGAUGACGAAGACGAAUUAGAGCCAGGCCCACAACGUUCCGUUGAAGGUUGGAUAUUGUUUGUUACUCAGAUUCAUGAAGAAGCGCAAGAAGAUGAUAUUCAAGAAAAAUUUUGUGAAUAUGGUGAUAUAAAAAAUAUUCAUUUAAAUUUAGACAGAAGAACAGGAUUCUCAAAAGGAUAUGCUUUAGUUGAAUAUGAAACACACAGACAAGCAUUGGCUGCCAAAGAGGCUUUGAAUGGUUCGGAAAUAUUAGGACAAACGAUACAAGUGGAGUGGUGUUUUGUAAAGGGUCCUAAAAGAGCCAAAAGGAUAGAGAAAAGAAGAAGAUGAAUUUCAAUUAAUGUAUUUUAUUGUAUUUUUAUAUAAAGAACGACAAAAUGUUUUAAGGACGUAUAAAUUUAAAUAAAAUAAUAUAU